GCACACGCGGCGCGCAGGCCAGAGGGAGGAGGCUCCGCGCGGCUCGGCGGCGGCGGCAGCGUGCUCCGCGGGCGGCCCGGAGGGCUGGCGGGCGGCCCCCGCUCCCCGGCUCCGCGGCUCUGUGCAGCCCGCGCGGCCCCCGCCCUCGGACCCGCCCCCGGGGGUCGCCCGGCCCCAUGCCCUGCAGCGGCGGCAGAGAAGCGCGCGGCCGCAGGAGGCUCUGAAGAGCCCAGAGGGAGCCGGCGAAGAAGGGGACCAUGUACCGGGACCCGGAGGCGGCCAGCCCAGGGGCGCCCACCCGCGAAGUCCUGCUGGUCUCUGCAAUCAUCACCGUCAGCCUUAGUGUCACUAUCGUCCUCUGCGGCCUGUGCCACUGGUGUCAGCGCAAACUGGGCAAACGCUACAAGAAUUCCUUGGAGACGGUGGGCACUCCAGAUUCGGGGCGUGGGCGCGGUGAGAAGAAAGCCAUCAACGACCUAGACAGAGACUUUUGGAAUAACAAUGAAAGCACAGUGCAGCAGAAAUGGAGUUCCUAUCCUCCCAAGGAGUUUAUUCUAAACAUUUCACCCUACGCCCCUUAUGGCGACCCUCGACUGUCCCUCAAUGGCACACUCCUGUCAGGCGCCAAAGUGGCCACUGCGGCGGCGGGGCUGGCGGUGGAGCGGGAAGGCCGGCUCGGGGAGAAGCCGGCGCCGGUGCCACCACCCGGAGAGGACGCCUUGAGAAGCGGCGGGGCUGCCCCCAGCGAGCCGGGCAGCAGUGGCAAGGCGGGGAGAGGCCGCUGGCGGAUGGUGCAGAGCCACCUGGCCGCAGGGAAGCUCAACUUGUCCAAUUUCGAGGACUCCACCCUGUCCACGGCCACUACCCUUGAGUCUAUCCCCAGCUCCGCGGGAGAGCCGAAAUGCCAGCGACCCCGCACACUGAUGCGGCAGCAGAGCCUGCAGCAGCCGCUGAGCCAGAACCAGCGGGGCCGGCAGCCCAGUCAGCCCACCACCAGCCAGAGCCUGGGCCAGCUGCAGGCCCACGCGGCCUCGGCACCGGGCUCCAACCCCCGGGCCUAUGGUCGGGGUCAGGCUCGGCAGGGCACCUCGGCCGGCUCCAAGUACCGGGCAGCUGGGGGCCGCAGCCGCUCCAACCCAGGCAGCUGGGACCACGUGGUGGGGCAGAUUCGAAACCGAGGCUUGGACAUGAAAUCCUUCCUGGAAGGCCGGAUGGUGGUGCUAUCCCUGGUAUUAGGGCUUUCGGAACAGGAUGACUUUGCCAAUAUCCCUGACCUGCAAAACCCAGGAACCCAGCAGAACCAGAACGCUCAGGGGGACAAGAGGUUGCCUGCAGGAGGGAAGGCUGUGAAUACAGCCCCAGUGCCCGGCCAGACGCCACACGAUGAGUCUGACCGCAGAACGGAGCCCCGUUCCUCUGUCUCGGACCUCGUCAACUCCCUUACCAGUGAGAUGCUCAUGCUCUCCCCAGGCUCCGAGGAGGACGAGGCCCAUGAGGGCUGCAGCCGAGAGAACCUGGGCCGAAUCCAGUUCAGUGUUGGCUACAACUUCCAAGAGUCCACACUCACCGUGAAGGUCAUGAAGGCCCAGGAGCUGCCAGCCAAGGACUUCAGUGGCACUAGUGACCCGUUUGUCAAGAUCUACCUGCUACCUGACAAGAAGCACAAACUGGAGACCAAGGUGAAGCGGAAGAAUCUAAACCCGCACUGGAACGAGACCUUUCUAUUUGAAGGGUUUCCCUACGAGAAAGUGGUGCAGAGGGUCCUCUACCUCCAGGUCCUGGAUUACGACCGUUUCAGCCGCAAUGACCCCAUUGGGGAGGUGUCCAUCCCUCUCAACAAGGUGGACCUGACCCAGAUGCAGACCUUCUGGAAGGAUCUGAAGCCAUGCAGCGAUGGGAGUGGGAGCCGAGGGGAGCUGCUCUUGUCUCUCUGCUACAACCCCUCUGCCAACUCCAUCAUCGUGAACAUCAUCAAAGCUCGCAACCUCAAAGCCAUGGACAUCGGGGGCACAUCAGACCCCUAUGUGAAGGUGUGGCUGAUGUAUAAAGACAAGCGGGUAGAGAAAAAGAAGACAGUGACAAAGAAGAGGAACCUGAACCCCAUCUUCAAUGAGUCUUUCGCCUUCGACAUACCCACAGAGAAGCUGAGGGAGACCACCAUCAUCAUCACUGUCAUGGACAAAGACAAGCUCAGUCGCAAUGAUGUCAUCGGCAAGAUCUACCUGUCCUGGAAGAGUGGACCAGGUGAAGUCAAACACUGGAAGGACAUGAUCGCUCGUCCCCGGCAGCCUGUGGCCCAGUGGCACCAGCUGAAGGCCUGAGUGGGGCCAAGGGAGACCCCAAGGGCCAAGGCCUGGCUCCCCAUCAUGCCCCUACCACUUUAUGCACAAUGCCCAGCCCGGCCCCCCUGCCAUGGGUGAGGGGAGAACCCCGAGGGCUCAGCCAGGGAGGGGUACCAGAACUCUACUGGGCCCCAUUUCUAGGAAGUACCAGCCCCACCCCCAUGAGUCCAGCUGGGGAGUGGGGGUUCUGGGAGCCAUUUCCCUGCUUUGCCUCUUUCUUUCCUGAUUUGCUGAUACUAAAGACGUCGGGGAAAGCUCACGAGCCAGAUGGGCAGAUCCCUCCAGAGGCCCGCCAGGUGGGCAUAGCCCCCGUUUUCUUUAAGGCAGUGCCUGGAGUGGAGAGAAGCCACCCCUUCCCUAGACCCCCUUUUUGGGGCCCAGAAGAGGAAGGCCGCGGCGUUUGGCCACGGCCUGGUCAUCAGGCCCAUCCCCAGCUUCAGGUGCCGGCUGGGCCCUGGACACUGAGGAUAGUAUAUAGCCUGUGCUCCAGAGUCAUGGAGACGUGGCCCUGUGUAUUUGUGUUGUGUCUACUGUGUGUGUGUGUAUGUGUGUGUGUGUGUGCCCACAUGCGUGUACACAUGGAAGCUACUGCGCACAUGUGUGAAAGGGGGUGCUCACUCCCUGUCUCCCUGGGGCCAGCAGUGCUGAUUGGCUACAAAGAGUAGCAGAGUUUCGUGAGGAUGAAGUGGGGCUGGGUCAAGGCCACAGGGAAGGUAGGAGAGUAAGGGUAUGGACAGCUGAGGAGAAGUGGGGACCAGGGCGAAUGGCUGAUUCAGCUGCCUCCUGGCACCCAUGUAGCCUGUCUCUGUAGCCCCCACCCCAACUCCCCAGUAGCAACUCCCCACUGCAAUGUCAUUCCUUGGGCCUGGGCUCACACUUCGUAGGCACCUACUCACCGUGUGCAUGGCCUUCCAACAGGGCACCACUUCACCCUUCUCAGGCACCCCUAACCCCUCACCCGGGGACCCCCACCUUCCCAGAUCUCAUAUUGCAGCCAAAUUGGCAUCUGCUCCAUACUCUCUGGCUUGGAUACAGCCCCUGAUCCCCACCCCUUACCCCAACACCUCCACCUUUCCUUUGGAUAAUCUGAUCAACCCCUGGCCUUCUCCAGGCUGUCUUGACACAUACCCCACCCCAGAGCAAUGGCUCUUUCUGCCCCUCCCACCCAACACGCAAGCAGAGGAAGCAGGGACCAUUCCAGGAGUCUGAGGUUGCCAUACCCAAAGAAGCUGCCGUUUCUUCUCCCAGCCUCUGCUGAGACUAGAACUGGCUUCCCCUUGGAAACAGCAGACUCCAGAAGGAUCCCUUUUAAAUCCUGUCCUCCCUCUGUGCUGUAUUAUAAAAAGACCCAGCUGGUGAAAGGUCCUCAAAAACAGAGGAAUUGAGCCCAACAGUCCCAGAUUCUACCACCAGGUGGCACCAGAACACCACAUCUGUGGUAGCAGUUGGGGCCCAUAGUUACAAUUCUACCCUGCCUGGCAACUUGACACCCCAAGGAUGGAAGGAGCUCUGGGCUGGAUCUGCAUAUCUAGAGCACAAUGGGAGCAUAGUUAUUUGGGCACAUUUUCCUUUAAUGGGCUUCCCCUUAAGCAACUUUCUGCUCUAGGUGUGAGAUCUCCUUUUCUCCAUAUCAAAAUGUUCUUAAAUCAAUUUUCACACCCUGUCCCCAGGGACCUGAAGGAAUCUCUUAUGUACUAGGUGAAUCAUUUGUAGAGUGAAAUAAUUCCAUUGUAAAACAACUAGUCACCCAUAUUACUUGUAAAUCUAAAUGUUUGUAUACUGCAGCUUUUGCUUUAAAUAGGAUUUGCCCCAACUCCCUUACCUAGCUGGGUGUAGCCCCUGGAAAGGGACCCUCCAAACCCCCUACAGAGGCUGUAUGGAAAUAGAGAGUAAUGUAGAGAGUCUGGAAAUUUGAGAAAAAUUGCUGCCAUCCUUCCUUCCAUCUGCCUCAGUCUCCUGAGUACUUCCACAGAGCCAUCUGAGGGACCCAAGCAACUUGCACCAGUAGGUGUAAGGCUGGCAGUGGAUUUAUGCAGAGCUCAUCCAUGUACCUCUUAGCCAGUGAGCUCAGAGAGCAUCCCCCACAGAGUUGUUCUCCCCUCAGACUACUAAGAAUAGUAGUGACCCAACCUGGGAUUCCUCAGCCCCCACGUGUAGGUGGAGUGGGGGGAUGCCGGCAAGAGGCUGCAAAUGGCUUGCACAAGACACAGCUGGAUGAUACAGAGUCUGGGCAUAGAAUGGUUAGGGCAACUGGGGGAACAUGGAAAUGGAGAGGGGAACUUGAGGGUGAGGAGGGCACCAGAGCUCUGCCAACACUGUCCUAGGAUCUUGGGCAAGUCACCCACACUCCCUGGGCCUCAGUUUCUCCAUCUGUAAAAUGAUGGUAAUAAUACUUCACCUACCUCAUGGGGGAGGUUGUGAGGCCACCAUCACCUGACCUAGGGGUUCAAGGCAGGAGGGCUCUGAAGGUGCUACCCAGAGCAAAGUUGUCACCGACACCUGAAAGCAAGGCCCACCUGCCCAUCCACCCUACCCCACAGAGCCUCUAGGGACCGCCAGAGCCAAUCUGUCUUCACUGUGUCCCAACCCCCUUUAUGAGCAUCAUCUGACAUCUUGUGGGCACUCUAGACUUAGUUGUUAUGUUAUUUAGGUAGCCUUUCUUGUGAUCAUCUUCUCCAUGUAACUGCUAUACAAAUUCCACCUGCCCCAGCACUGCCCUCCACCUGCCCUCCAGCACCAGAGGCCAGGGUAGGGACAAAGGAAAACAGCCACAAAAGAAACAAACAAACAAAAAAAGCCAAGGGGAUUCCCAGCUCAGCUGGGGCCCCCAGGGGUGGGAACUGGUGGCUCUGUUUGUAUUGUGUUUGAGUCCUUGAGCGCAAGUGUUUUAUAAAAAAUAAAACAAAAAUCCACUAUCACAAAAAAAAAAAAAACCCGCAAAGAGAACUGAAGACAAAAGGGAAAAAGAACCAUACAAUUUUUUCCACCAUAUGCACCCUCUAAGCCAGCAAAAAUUUCCUCUUUGCAAAAUCAUAUUUUUGUGGGAAUGGGCCCUGCUUUUUGUGGCAGGGCCUGUUCUGAUUAAUAAAGGAUCGUGAAAAAGUA